GAUGGUGAUGUUGGCGGUGGUGUUGGUGAUAGUGGUGAUGGUGGUGGUGAUGAUAAUUAUGUUGACCACAGUGGUGAUAGUGACAAAAUUACCGUCGAAUGAAAGAAAAUUGGAAAAGAUUUACGCUAGUGAAGAAGAGCAAAUAUUAAAGUAAAAUUAUACUGAUACAAUUAGUGACAAGUAAGAGCCAAAAUAAAGCAAAGAAUAAGAAAAGAGCAGAGAUAUAUUACUCCAUGUCGUCUAGUGUUCUCUUGAAACUCAAGACUAGCAUCCGAUCCUGUUUCCAUCGUGCACUCGCUCUAGGUCUCGUUUAAGGUCAAGUUAGGAUAGGGUCAUGUCUCCCAAGAGUGUUGCUCUCGAGAGCAACCCAGGUCAGAGGGCGUUCACAUCAUACAUUCUCAAAAACACAUUCCUCUCCGUACUUUCCUGCAAACAUAAUACCUCAUAGCAUUCUAACUGGGCCUAGGCUAGAUUCUGCUCUACCGGCAAUCUACUUUUCAUAUAGAAUGGGGAGGGGAUGUUGUUACUAUGCAGGGUGGAAAACAGAAAAAUAUUUUUGUCAGGGAUGGAGAUGCUGAAUGAUAUGUUGUCUGGUUGGUGGUUCGGUGGUUGCUCAAGGUUGGAUCAGAUCCGUCGGCCAUGUAUCCUCUAUUUUAUCAAUUAAACCUCGAUCAUCUGUUUUUCAUGUGGUUACCAGGGCCUGGUCUGUGUGUGAUUUAGACGACUUAGACUGUCUUGUUGACUUGCCCUCUUUCAGUACCGAUGACAUAUCAACGCAGUACGUCCCCGCACACUCUUCAUUGUCAAGUCAGUCGGAGUUAUCCUCUCAGGAAUCACUUGUGGAAACUGGUAGCAUUCCACCAACGUUUUGGGAUAUACCUCUUACUAGCCCCGUUUUCACUGAACCUAUUCGAGGGAUGGGUUACGAUCAGGAUCGGUUUGUAGAACCAAUCAAGGAUGGUCUCAUGUGCGGCAUCUGUAAGGAUGUGCUGGAAGAACCACUUCAAGCUCCGUGUGAACACGCCUUCUGUGCAACAUGUAUCCACGGCUGGUUAGUACACGAGAGGACAUGCCCAGAGGAUAGACAGAGUCUAGAGGAAUGUGACCUUCGACCUUUGUUCCGAUAUAUGCGCAAUGACCUGAACCAACUUCGACUUCGAUGUGUGAAUGCAGACAAUGGGUGCUCUGAAGUUUGCAGUCUCGAGGUCAUUAGCCGACACGAAAAUGAAUGUUCCUAUGGUACCGCGGAAUGUCCAAACAGAACGCGAGGUUGCGAUGAAGUUCUGGAGCGUCGCCUCUUAGAUUCUCAUUUGGCCACUUGUAGCUACCGUAGCUCCAAUUGCCCAAAUGGAUGUGGGCUAACUAUUCUCAGCUCUGAACUUGAAUCCCAUAACUGUGUGUCUGAACUUAGAACCGAGCUUGAGCUGUUGAGAUCGGAGAUGAUUUGUAAGCAAGAAGAACUAAGACAUGAGAUGCAGUUGAGGCUAGACUCACAGAGGGCCCAUAUGGUUGAAAGAGUAGGCACCAUGCAUCAGACAAUGAAUCAACUCAGAGGAGACAUCACCAGCCUCCAGCAUGAGCUCCGUGUGAUGAACGCCCUGGAGACUCAGCGGGGCCAGCACAUGGAGGCACUGGAGCUGGAGCGUAAGGAGCUGAUGGAGCUUCUUAAGUCUAUCAAGGAGGGGGAGACGGCCCGUAAUACGUGCAGGGUGUGCAAGAGAACGGAGAUGAUCACAGCUCUAUAACACAUGGUCUACACCACGAAGUCACUGAGGCCACAAUAAUUGCCAUUACUCAAUCCUCAAGAUAUAGCUGCCAUUCACUUGGAAGUGUUACCUCAUUAAUGUAGUAUAUGUAAUCUUUAAUUAUAUUAUACCUCUUAUGCCAUACAUUAGGGACUUUUAGAUUCGCACGAAGACAAUAGGUCUAUGCUACGAUCGACGUCCUUUUAAAGCACUGCCGUGAAUGGAAGUACCACGUAUCAGUCCACGCAAAUCUAAAAGUCCCUAUUAUCUUACAAGGAGGCCUCAGGAAUGGGAAAGCCCAAAGCGGAUGCGGUUUAUCACGAUUUAUUUUUAGAAAGCAAAAAAUGAAUGUGUAAACUGUACGGGACCGACAAAAUAUAUUUUAGCUUUCAGACAUAGAAACUAGAAAAUCAAUACCAACUGCUCAGCAAAUAAUUUUACCCUGUUCGUAUUACAUAGUAGUUACCAUGGUUACAAUAGAUGCGUUGUUGCUAGCUCUGGUCAGGUCUCUCACGUCAUGCACAUACAAGUAAAGAUUAUAUGACUAACAUUUGAUAGAUAUAUUUAAUCAUACACACUAAUAUGUAUCAUUUAAUUAUAGCUAACGAAAUUGAUGGAUUGUGGCGAAUUAUUAGAUUUCAUAUUUCUUUCUUCUUGCCAUCCUCAAUGAAUAGUGAAUCAUACGUUUCGGGAACUGCUUUAAAGGGAUUUUAAAACUAAAAGGAAGAGAGGGAUUAACAUUUAGUACUCCAAACGUUAAAGAGAUAGCCUAGGGGUGCAGUUGUAUAAAGUUGUAGUCUUUUAAACCUAAAGCCACGGAGU